AACACAUUCGAUCCCACAAUUCAACAACACAACUCAACAACAUAACUCUCACCGCACAGUUGCUUUACUGUUGUGCACUAAAGGCCAGAAACUGCAGUGUGUUAUCUCAUGUAAGUGCUUAAACAGAAGCUGAUAACGUCACAUUUGUGUUGUGGCUAUGAUCAGGUGUAAUGGAAGGCAGUGCUUUGACUGCAGAUGAAGACUCUCUCAUUGAAGGUGUUAGUGACCCUGUUCUGCUGGUUCUGGUGCUCAGCAUCACAUUUCUGGCUGGACUCGCAGUGCUGCUGUGCAGGAAUGAGCAGCAGAGGAUUCACCCGGAGAAUCAGGAGCAUGUUCGUGUGGUCAGAGAGCAGCUUCAAACUGAGCAGGUGUCGUCUCCAGAGUCGAGACAUCAGUACUAUUCAGACAUGUCGUGUCCCGUGUGUCUCCAGCUCGCCGUCCUGCCCGUAGAGACCAACUGUGGCCAUCUGUUCUGCGGUCCGUGCAUCGUUGCGUACUGGCGUUACGGCACCUGGCUCGGUGCGAUCAACUGCCCCAUCUGCAGACAAAUGGUGACCCUGCUCUUCCCUCUUUUCCACAACACGGGCCACAACGCUCAAACACAAGACGGGCAGGUGGAUCCCGCUCUGAUUCUCAGUGACAUCAAUGAUUACAACCGCAGAUUCUCUGGACAGCCGCGAUCUCUGCUGGAUCGGCUGCGAGACGUGCCCACACUGCUGCGCCACGCGUUCAGAGAGAUGUUCUCGGUGGGCGGAUUGUUCUGGAUGUUCCGGAUCAGGAUUCUGCUGUGUCUGAUGGGCGCUCUGAUGUAUCUGGUGUCACCGCUCGACUUCAUCCCGGAGGGCGUGGUGGGUCUGCUCGGCUUCAUGGACGAUUUCUUCGUCAUUCUCCUGCUCUUCAUCUACAUCUCCAUCAUGUACCGUGAGGUGGUGACGCAGAGACUGGUGGGAUGAAUGCGUGUGCGUGAACAUCUGAGCCAUGUGCUUGUGUUUCUAUUUGAAACUUUUCUUUGGUAGAACAUCUGGACAUUUGACCUGUUUCACUGCAAACAUGAUUUACUUACAGAGUCAUUUUGUCUUAUUUUCCAGUAAAAAUAUCCAAACAUAGAAACUAAACAACAGUCUAAAACAAGAACCACCGUAAUUUCUUUAGAUUUCUCUGAUAACAAGGUCAAAUAUUGACAUAUUUUUACUGAAAAAAACAAAACUCUGUAACAAAAUGAUUGUCCUGAUUAUUAUUGGAUGUUUUUGCAGUAAAGCAGUAUUUCACCAAUACAAACAAGCUCUUAAAUAAGAUUCAUUUACACGACCGGUUAAAUAGCAUAAGAUUUAAAAGACAUUUAAUAGAGAAUACAAGUUUAUUUUUCUUUCCCUAUUGUUAAAUAGUUAUUUCUGGAUUAAGCAUGAAUCAAACAAGAUGCUCAUUUGCAUAUAAAUAAAUAAUAUCCCCGUGAUUUCAAGAUAUAUUCUGUGUCUUUAAAUCUCAUGCAGCUUAGUUUCUCGAGUAAAUGUGUCUUGUUUAAGGAUGUUAUUGAUUACUAAUCAGGUAAAUGUUUUUGCAGCGUGACAACCGUUGCUUUGUGAAAACUUUGCUGUGGAUUUAUGAAUAAAACAUGUUUAUUUUAUAAGCAACACGUCAAAUUAAAUCUCAUUCAAGUGUGUUGCUGGUGUGACGUGUUCAUCAUCAGAGAAAUGUUGACUGGAUAUAAACUCAAACACAUUGAAGAACAGCUUAUGUUUACAUUCAAAAGUCUUGUUUACAGAUGUUAUAAAUGUGAUUCAGAAUAUAACGAGGGCUCUUCAUGCUGCACAAACACUCUGGUGUGAGGAAUUGAUGCCUUAUAUCAAUCACACACACGUUAUUUUCUCUUGACAGAUGUAAAAUGUGACGUGUUGCUUUGAAUGCAAUCAUAUCUGCAUUAAAGUCUGAGAAACUCUGUCCUGACAAUCUCGAAAAUUGAAUUAAUGUUGAAUUACCAGCUUCACUGUAAUGUGCCAUCACUAUAUUAAAAUCAUAUCCAGUCAAUUUUAUUUGUGUAGUGAUU